AUGGCUGAUCUCCGGAUAUUGGUUAGCAUCAUCCUAAUGGCAAAUGCUGUCCUGGAGAAAGGAGGAUGUGCCGCACCUCCGGGGCCAAGAGGACACCCAGGACCUCCAGGUGCAAGAGGGCCGCUUGGUCCCAGAGGGAUACCAGGUUUACCAGGUAUGGAGGGAAUUCCAGGACCAAGUGUAAAAUGCCCAUGCAACAGAAAGUCAGCCUUCACUGUGAAGCUCAGCAGCCAGCUGCCUUCACCUUCGAAGCCUGUCCCCUUCACAGAGGUCCUGUACAAUGCCCAGAAAGACCUACAGGAGGACACUGGGGUCUUCACAUGCAGGGUGCCAGGAAAUUACCAUUUCCUCUUCGAUGUGGAUCUCCAUCACUGCAAGGUGACUGUUCAGCUGAUGAGGGACAAAAGUUCUGUCUUAGAAAAGCAUCAGGUCUCCACCAAAGAGCCCAGGAAUCUCUCUGGCAUGUUGACCCUGCCGCUAAGCGUAGGCGAGAAGGUGUGGCUGGAAGCAGAAGUGGAAGCCGAGAAGCCGGAGCAAGCCAGAGUUACAAUUUAUUUCUCUGGUUUCCUGACAUAG